CAUGCCAGUAAAGAUGUUGAACGUCACCGAUAUCACCCCGUACAACUUCGGAAUUUCGUCAUUACUGCAAAUAAUUGUGCUGCAGUACUUCGGGCACCUUCACUCUACCUGUUUCAUAGGAAAAUCUGCAAAAGAUGAUCUGCUUGGAAAUUUGAACAUUCCCUAUCCCUCCGUCUGGCUCGCGUUCGAUGAAUCUAACGAGAUCCUUUUUCUGAACUCUAUCGAAGCCGGUUGUCAGUCAUUUGUGUUAACAGAAUCAGUUGCACUGAACUUUCUAGAGAUCUUCGAAAGCAUACACGAUCAAGCGACCCAUCGAUUCCCUAACAAAUACGUUAUUGUUCUGGUUUCACCAGGGUCCGAUUUGACGGUAAUUAAUCGUAUCAUUGAUCACAAAACUCUACGAGAUAUUCCACGAUUUCUUACUCUGUUCCCAAGUGAGGACGAUAGGAUUGAUUUGAUUACAAACAGGUUUGUCAGAGGCGGAACCGAACCGGAAACCUUGGACAGUUACAUACCGUCACGUGGCAGCUUCGUGCAUAAGCGUAAUCUGUUUCCAGAUAAGCUACAGAACUUGGAGGGCCGCCUUUUACGGUUAGCAAUAUUCAACUACUCUCCGUACACUGUGUGGAAAGAUGCAAAUUCCAGCCGCAAUUCAAACGCAUAUAACCAAGGCAUACCUGAACUCUACGUAGAUGGCACAGAAACACAAAUAUUUCUUGAAUUCUGCGCAAAAUUCAACUGUAAAUUGGAAAUAUCAUUGGACGAGGCGAGUGAGUGGGGAGAGAUCUACGAUAAUCGAACCGGCAAUGGAAUUAUUGGCGCCGUUGUAGAACGGCGAGCUGACGUAGGUGUUGGAGCUCUAUAUUCUUGGCAUCAUGAAAAUCUUUAUUUAACCCUGUCAAAGCCAAUUUCAAGAACGGGUGUGACCUGUAUUACUCCUAAACCAAGGCUGCUGAGCAGUUGGAUGACACCGAUUCUACCGUUUUCGUUGAUUUUGUGGAUUGCUGUGUUGACAACUUUUGCAAUCAUGAGUAUUGUUUUGAUGUUUAUGGAAUAUUUAAUACAAAACGUGCUACUGGAACAUGAUCGUCCCCUGGAUAUCUGCACAUCGUUCAUGACUAUCGGUUGCAUAUUUAUCCUUCAAACUGUUCGUCUGAGUAUCAACCGGAACGUAUUCGUAUCACAAAAGAUCGUUGUGGGUUCACUGCUCUUUGUGGGACUAAUGAUCGGUAACACAUACAGCGGGGGGCUUUCUAGUGUGAUGACAAUACCACGCUACGAACCACCAAUAAAUACAGUUCAGGACCUGGCCGAUAGCAAUAUGCACUGGGCGUCGACACAUGAUGCUUGGAUUUUCUCGAUACUGAUGGCAACACAGCCUACGAUCGUCAAACUGCUACACAAUUUUGAGAAACAUCCCAAAGAGAGUCUACACCGAAGCGCCUUGCAUCAGGAUUUCAGUUUCAGUAUCGAACGGUUGCCGUACGGUCAUUUCGCGGUGGGAGAGUACAUCGAUAAAGAAACAGCCGACAAAUACCACUUCAUGAUCGAAGACAUCUACUGGGAGAACUGCGUUGCAAUGUCCACCAAAACAUGGCCCAUGAUGGAACAUCUAGACGAACUAAUUUUGGUUAUAUUUCAGAGCGGUAUUCAGCGAUACUGGGAACAGAGGGUAGUUUCGAGUUACGAAGACGAGAAGGUUCAACUGGCCAUCAGUACCUCCCGCCAUCGGGAAAGCCCUGGACCAAUAACAUUGGAACCAUCUCAUCUGUUGGGUGCGUUCCUGAUGCUCGCAAUUGGAUUGGUCGGCGGGUGUGUGGUAUUUCUGCUUGAGGUUUUGUAUGUGAAGUGGAAAAAUAGAUAUUUCAUAUUUCGCCGGAGUCGUAAGUUCUAAAAUUAGCAAACCAGCAAACUUUUUGCUUCAUUUCACUGUUUUGGGUAGAAAAGUCUAUAUUAAAACAACGAAUAAGAAGACAGCGGGGCUUUUAACAAACAUAGAAAUGUUAUAAGAGUAUUCUUCUAACAUCAAGUGUGUUCAUUUUUUUUUGUUUCGAUUAUAGUGGUUUGAAACAAAAGGGCCUCUUUUUCAAAUUAAUUUUUUUUAAUCCCCGGGGGUUUGAAAAUCGAACCCAGAUGGCCUGCGUGUAAGGUAAUUGAAUUACUAACUACUCUAUGGCUGUUGAUUUUUUUGCCACAAUUUAUUUCUAUUUUUUGCGGCCUUUUUAAUCAUUUUGCAGUGUUCAAUAUUAAAUAGAAUACAACACUUAACAGUCAAUCCCAACUGUUAAGAGCUCCCGUCGGGAUUACAAAAUAUAUGCAACGCUUCAAUUUAAAACCUAAGAAAAACAUUUUUGUAAUAGUAGAUAUCCAUUCGAGAAAUACACUUCACAGAGUUAGUAGAUUUUGAAGAAAUAAUACUAUAGCGUGAAAGCUUCAUUACUGAAAUCAAACA